UUCUCGUAAACCUCACAGGGGUGCUCACCUUGUCUGCUCUGGGUAGAUGGAACCUCCUAGAGCUGGCACAGCGGAUGAUGGCGAUCUUCUACAAGACUACAUCUGGGCUGCCCACCGUGGAACCAGGCAACAUUGUCACCAGGUGGGGUCGUGGCUGCAUGGGCACUACAGGCGAGAUGCUUGAGCCAGCUGUGCGCAUGGUACUAGGGAAUUACUUUGGCGCCAUGGAUGGGCAGCCAUCGCCCCUCCAAGUGCUAAGCGCCACCACAACUGUGUGGCUGCCAGGAACGCCUCCGGAGAGUGUUUUUAACUACCUGUGCAAUGGGCAACGCCGUGGCGAGUGGGAUGCCUUCGUCUGUGCCGGCGCAGUGCAGGAGUUGAGCUCAGUUGCCACGUGCCCCCACCUUCAUGGCAAUGCUGUUUCUGUUCUCUGCCCUAAUGUGACCAAUGCAGCUAACAACGCCAUGCUGUUCCUGCAACAGACAAGCAUCGAUGUCUCGCGCGCGCUAGUUGUGUACAGCGUUGUUGAAGAGACCAUGCUUCGUUCCGUCCUGGAUGUUAGCGACGACACUUCAAACUUAGUCCUCCUGCCAUCUGGAUUCGCCAUCCUCCCAGAUGGCCAUGGCAGGGCUCACCAUGCCGCUGCUUCCAACUCCUCCAGCGCUCUUGCCGGACUCAACGGAACUGCAGGAUGUCUUCUCACCGCAGCCUACCAGGUACCGGUGCCAUUCAACAAUCUCCGUCAUCCAGAUGUGCAAGAGACCUACGAGAAUGCUGGAAAGCGGAUCUGCCAUGCGAUAAAGAAGAUCAUGGAUGCUGUUGGGGCACCUAUUGUUGUCCCAAUCUAAUGCGGGUUUAUUUGUUACAUAAACAUGGCGGUGAUACCAUUUGGGUCAAGGUUGGAGCAAACUUUUUACUCUUAUUUCCGCAGCAGCUUUGUUUCUGAAAGACGACUCCAUGACUUCUGUUAUCCAAUUAAGUUAGUUUACCGAAUUUUAAGAACCAUUUUGUUUUCCAGACUAUACAAUACAAUGCCACCAUGAACUAAUUAUGCUGGUUUUAAUUAUGCCGACUAUUUAUGAUUUGUU